GUUUUUAUGUCGACGUUUUAUUAGUCGGUCUUAUGAUUUUUAUCGUUUUAUUCCUGGGUGUAUUUUUAAUUCCGGUUCAACAAUAAAUCGGUCAACAAACCCCAGACACAAACAAAUUGGUGUCUGGUAUAACUUUGUAUGGGCUAUAUUUUAAUACCUUUUAACAUAUACACCAGGAUAUACACGACCGCCUUGAGUCGGCAGUUGCCCUAACCUCAAUUUUGCGAAAACACAGCCAACACACCCAAGUGUGUUUACAUUUUUUUCGCUUGUCAUCGGUGUCAUCGGUCAUCGUCCAGUAGUCAUAGCGAUAAAAAGUAAUGUGAUUGUUGAAAAAAAAGUUUUGCCUCGAACCAUUGCCCUCUUUUAUCGCGGAUUCGAGAGGUCGCGUCUCUAAUUUUUGUUCGUAAGAAUAUUAAACGACGCAGUAUUGCGUUAGAUCAGGCAAUAAACGAUCGCAGUCGUGGUUUUUCCAUACACAAAGACCCACUGGAAAAAUGAAUUUCCAACCAAAAUUUAUGUUCAUUUUCGUACUUGUGAGUUUCGUGAUUAUUUGUCAAAACUCGGAAGCUUUCACCAACGUUUAUCCCAAGUUAAAGAGCUUUCCUUUGAGUAAAAAAGACGCAAAAGAUGCAGGAAACCCUCUGUUUCUCACUCCCUUAAUAGAAAAGGGAAAUAUCCAGGAUGCGAGAAAACAAGCAACCGUCCAACACGAAGAAAUGAAAGAUGUCAAUAGCUAUGCCGGAUACCUCACAGUCAAUAAACAAUUCAACUCCAACAUGUUUUUCUGGUUUUUUCCUGCACAGGUAAAUCCGAAACAAGCUCCCGUUGUCCUGUGGCUCCAGGGUGGUCCGGGAGCCUCGUCUCUCUUUGGUCUCUUCACGGAGAACGGACCAUUUUUUGUAUCGAGCAACAAAACCCUCCAGCUGAGAAAGUAUUCGUGGAGCGCUCAUCACAAUUUGAUUUACAUAGACAAUCCAGUGGGAACAGGUUACAGUUUCACAGAGAAUGAUGCAGGUUAUGCGACGAACGAGACUCAAGUGGGUCUGGAUUUACAUACUGCGUUGAUUCAGUUUUUCCAGCUCUUCCCAGAGCUGCAAAAAAACAAUUUCUUUGUGACAGGAGAGUCUUAUGCCGGUAAAUACGUUCCAGCCCUUUCGCUGACAAUCCAUCAGCUCAAUCCUACUGCGAAAAUCAAAAUAAACCUGAAAGGUUUGGCAAUGGGAAACGGACUGACCGAUCCUGUGAAUCAGCUGCUUUACGGUGAUUAUUUGUAUCAGUUGGGUCUGAUAGAUUUCAAUGGCAGGACUCAAUUCCACACCAUGGAAAAGCAAGGCAAAGAUCUGAUAAACGGGCACAAAUACGACGAGGCUUUCGAGGUCUUCAACAAGCUCAUAGACGAAGAUCUCAACGCCUCGCCUUCUCUCUUCAAAAAUUUAACUGGCUUCAAUUUUUACUUCAAUUAUUUACAUACCGACGACAACCAGGACAUGAAUUCUAUGGCCGAAUGGAUUCAGCGAGUCGAUGUCAGGCGCGCGAUCCAUGUCGGAAAUUGCUCUUUCGACGUUGAGGCCCAGAAAGUUGAGACUUUUCUCAAAAAUGAUAUCACUCGCUCCCAAGCCAGUGCCGUUGUUGAACUACUCAAACAUUACAAAGUCCUUGUAUAUAAUGGACAACUGGACAUCAUCGUUGCUUAUCCACUGACCGAAAACUAUUUGUACAACUUGACUUGGUCCGGCGCUGAACAGUAUCGCAAAACUCCAAGAAAACAGUGGCACGUCGAAGGUGCUUUGGCCGGAUACUCAAAAACGGUUGAAAACCUGACGGAAGUUCUGGUCAGGAACGCCGGUCACAUGGUGCCUUCUGAUCAACCCCAAUGGGCCCUUGAUCUCAUCACAAGAUUUACUUAUGGCAAAACUUUCUAACAAUUUCCCCCUUUUUUUACAUUUUCUUUUACAUUUCUUUUUUUACAUUCUUUACAUUUUGCAACCCUCACUCGGGACUCCUACGAUCGAUUUUUCGGAACGUGAACAUCACAACAGGGUCGAAAAUGACUCAAAUUUUAUCUUCAGUCUGAAAAGUUCGCGUUUCAAAUAACGAGCUUUAAUUAUAGACAAUUCUCUUUGUUUUUUCAUAACGAACGGAAUAGCAAACGCUCGAAUUUUAUUUGUUGAAGAUUUGGCCACGAAAUGUCCAUAGAACGAAACAAAAGUUCGAAAAAGUGGAUUCCUGCUCUAUAACUUCGCUCGUUUUCGUCCCGUUGUGAACUGGAGUUUUGACCAGAAUCUCAAAACAGCAAUUGCCAAAAAUCUUAAUAAAUUUAGCCACAAUCGAACCCGCAUUAGUACGACAAACAUUCCGAGCUUAUAUCUUCGUAACAUGAAAAGAAUUUCACGAUUUUUUCAAAUACUCGAUUUUCCUUCUGUUAUCAAGAGCUCAGAAGUGAGAUUAAAUUUUCGUGUUGUUUCGUUGCAUUUUUCUCAAAACUUUUCACGUUAUCAGAACUUUUAGAAGAUGAACAAACUCAUUGGACAAAAUGAAAAAAAAAAAGUGUUGCGUUCCUACUUUUUUAUCAUCUUUUCAAUCCAUUUUUCCAAUGAGUUUUUCCCCGAAUAUCAUUUUUCAUAAUCCCUCGCCGAUGACUAAAUUAAUUAAGAUUUUUUGCAUGCUGUUUCAGUAUCAAAAAAUCUUUCAACUCGAAAUUCUCUUAAUUAGUCUUAAUAUUCUUAUCUCAAGGGUGUUAAAUUCUGCAAAUACCUCAAUCCAUGACAGUGGAGCCAAGUGAUAAUUAUAUUGUAAUUAGAGGCUGUUUGAAUAUUAAAUAAACAGAGUAAUUUCUUA